AACACAAAUCUCUUCUUCUUCAUUCUUCUUUCUUCUCCUCUCUCUCUCUCUCUCUCUCUUGUAGAUUUGCCGCUUCCCAUGGCUUCCACCACUACUCUCUCCGACCUCCCUGACGUCAUCUUAUCCACCAUUUUCUCACUCGUCUCCGAUUCUCGAGCUCGCAACUCUCUCUCCCUCGUCUCCCACAAAUUCCUCGCUCUCGAAAGAUCCACUCGCUCUCAUCUCACUCUCCGUGGCAACGCUCGUGAUCUCUCUCUCGUCCCCGGCUGUUUCCGAUCAAUUUCACAUCUCGAUCUCUCUUUCCUCUCUCCAUGGGGUCACACUCUUCUCGCUUCUCUCCCUAUCGAUCAUCAGAACCUUCUCGCUCUCCGUCUCAAAAUCUGUUUCCCUUCCGUCGUCUCUCUCAACGUCUACUCUCGAUCUCCGAGCUCUCUCGAGCUUUUACUUCCUCAAUGGCCGAGAAUUCGUCACAUCAAGCUCCUCCGAUGGCAUCAACGAGCUUCUCAGAUCCCUAUAGGUGGCGAUUUUGUUCCUAUUUUUGAACACUGUGGUGGUUUCCUUGAGUCUUUAGAUCUCUCCGCCUUCUAUCACUGGACUGAAGAUUUACCUCCGGUUCUUCUCCGGUAUGCUGACGUGGCGGCGAGGCUUACACGGUUGGAUCUCUUGACGGCGUCGUUCACUGAGGGAUACAAAUCAAGCGAAAUCGUCAGUAUCACUAAAUCUUGCCCUAAUUUGAAGGAUUUUCGUGUAGCUUGUACGUUUGAUCCGAGAUACUUCGAAUUCGUCGGAGAUGAGACUCUCUCCGCCGUAGCUACCAAUUGCCCUAAGUUAACGCUUCUCCAUAUGGUAGACACAGCUUCGUUGGCGAAUCCUAGAGCUAUUCCAGGUACGGAAGCUGGAGAUUCAGCUGUCACGGCGGGGACGCUAAUUGAGGUUUUCUCAGGUUUACCGAAUCUAGAGGAGCUGGUUCUUGACGUAGGGAAGGAUGUGAAGCAUAGUGGUGUAGCUUUAGAGGCAUUGAAUUCUAAAUGCAAGAAGCUAAGAGCAUUGAAGCUAGGACAGUUCCAAGGUGUUUGCUCUGCUACAGAAUGGAGGAGGUUCGACGGCGUGGCUUUGUGUGGAGGAUUGCAGUCGUUGUCGAUUAAGAAUUCUGGCGAUUUGACUGAUAUGGGUUUGGUGGCUAUAGGGAGAGGAUGUUGUAGGCUGACUAAGUUUGAAAUUCAAGGGUGUGAGAAUGUAACAGUGGAUGGACUAAGAACAAUGGUUAGUCUUCGGAGAAAGACUUUGACUGAUGUGAGAAUCUCUUGCUGCAAGAAUCUUGAUGCAACUGCUUCUUUAAAGGCGGUUGAGCCGAUUUGUGAUCGGAUCAAGAAACUGCAUAUAGACUGUGUGUGGUCUGGUUCAGAGGAGGAGGUAGAAGAAAGAGUGGAAACUAGUGAGGCUAACCACGAGGAUGAUGAUGAUGAUUACGAGAGGAGCCAGAAGAGGUGCAAGUAUUCAUUGGAGGAAGAACACUGCUCAACUAGUGAUGGGAAUGGAUUCUGUUCUGAAGACAGAGUAUGGGAGAAACUGGAGUAUCUGUCUUUAUGGAUCAGUGUUGGAGAAUUUCUGACGCCAUUACCUAUGACAGGACUAGAUGACUGUCCAAAUUUGGAAGAGAUUAGGAUCAAGAUAGAAGGAGAUUGCAGAGGUAAACGCAGGCCAGCCGAGCCAGAGUUCGGGUUAAGCUGUCUCGCUCUCUACCCAAAGCUCUCAAAGAUGCAGUUAGAUUGCGGGGACACAAUCGGCUUCGCACUGACCGCACCUCCAAUGCAGAUGGAUUUGAGUUUAUGGGAAAGAUUCUUCUUGACCGGAAUUGGAAGCUUGAGCUUGAGUGAGCUUGAUUAUUGGCCACCACAGGAUAGAGAUGUUAACCAGAGGAGUCUCUCGCUUCCUGGAGCAGGUCUGUUACAAGAGUGCCUGACUCUGAGGAAGCUCUUCAUCCAUGGAACAGCUCAUGAGCAUUUCAUGAACUUUUUGUUGAGAAUCCCCAACUUAAGGGAUGUACAACUAAGAGCAGAUUAUUAUCCGGCGCCGGAGAACGAUAUGAGCACAGAGAUGAGAGUUGGUUCCUGUAGCCGAUUCGAGGACCAAUUGAACAGCCGCAACAUCAUUGACUGAAACUUAAGAGUGAGUUACCUACACUAUUAUAUUUGUAUUGACUUCAGAAACUGGUCCAUUUUAUUUGUAUGGUCAGAGACAGUGUUAUAUAUGUUUGUAAAAGGAAAGAGCAAAGACUAUAAUUUGCAAUGAUUAAUGAUAUCAU